AUGGCUGCUGUUAAGUCUGGUCCCUCGAUCAAUUCGAAAAAGUCGAAGAGACAGAAGAAAUGCCGUCGCAAAACAACAUUAAUGAAAAAGGCUUCCGAAUAUAGCAAGAUGUGUGACGCAGAUGUGUGCAUAGGCAUUCGUUUGCGUGAGACGGGUCAGGUCCAUGUUUUGACAGCAGAUGAUUCGGGGUUCUGGGCUUUUCUUGCCUCAAAAUUGAGCGCCUACUACCCUCAACCAAGCUUUAUGACAGAUCAAGACUUGGACGGGAUGGCCGUCAUCGCCGAUUAA